AAAAAAAAAACCCCUCCCUCCUCUAUCUCACUCGCCUCACUUGGCUUCAAUCCUUUGGCUGCUCUCUCUCUCUCUUUCUAGCGUGAUUUUGAAGCCACCGCCCAAGCUCAGGCAAAAACCAAAAAAAAAAAAAAAAAGGAAAGAAAAAAAAAACAAAAGACGCAGAUGGAUCCCGACGCAGUAGCGAAGGCUUUCGUUGAGCACUACUAUACGACGUUCGAUGCGAACCGGGCCGGUCUAGCCAAUCUCUAUCAGGAAGGCUCCAUGUUGACCUUCGAAGGUCAAAAGAUCCAAGGCUCUCAGAACAUCGUGGCUAAGCUCACCAGCCUUCCAUUCCAGCAGUGCCAGCACAACAUAACCACCGUCGAUUGCCAGCCAUCCGGUGCCGGUGGCAUGCUCGUCUUCGUCAGUGGUACCCUCCAGCUCGCGGGCGAACAGCAUGCGCUCAAGUUCAGCCAGAUGUUCCAUUUGAUGCCAACAGCCCAGGGAAGCUUCUAUGUGUUGAAUGACAUAUUCAGGUUGAACUAUGCGUGAAGACAACAAUCACUACAAUCAAUCUGAGGGGUGGGAAUACAAUGUCAAGGAUUUAAAACAAGUUUGCUUAUUUCUCUGUUCAGUUUUAGGCAUUUUAAAUGGAAAAAUGGAAAAUUUUUUUGGGGUUGAUUAUGUUUCAUGUUUCAUUCUGGUUUCCAUGUCUCUCCAUAUUUAAGAGACUUCUUUGUUGUGAUCGGUUGAGUUGGUGAAAAGAUGCUUUCUUAUGAAUUGAAUGUUGCAUAUUUGAUUGAA